AGUAAGACCAAGGUUGGUUUUGUAAAUCACGACCACACAAAAAAAGAUUCCAUGGCAGAAUAAUGUUUUCCUCAUCUUCUUGCUCUUUCUCGUGCCUCCGCGAGUGAAUUUUCUUCGCUGAUUCCACUUUCAUACUUCUAUUUCAACUUCUUACAUUUACAAGGCCAACUACAGCAAACUAAAAGGUGUCUCAGCAAUUCCUCUGAUCCUCCUCUCUGGUAGAGAAACGAUUUUGAUUGCUCUUACAUCUCAGCUCAUCCGAUUCAUUGCAAGUCCGGGGCUUUACAAAGACCAAAUCAAACACCACAACCAAUAAACCCAAAAGUUAGUUGCAACGACAUGGUGGAUGCUGUAGUAAAUGUAUUGUUGGAAAAACUUCUAAAAGCUCUGGCAGAUGAGAGCCGCAUAUUGAUUCAUUUCAGAGAUCAAUUUGAAAAGUUAAAAAAUGAGCUUCUAUUAAUGCAAGGCUUUCUUAAGGAAGCAGAGAGGGUCAAGCGGAAAAAUGAGCUCCUCCGUGGUGUCAUGGUUGUCUUAAGAGAACUGAUAUAUGAAGCUGAAGACAUACUAGCAGAUUGUCAGCUUCAGUCCAAUGAGGACGAUCCAGUUUCUGGUGGUUGGUUAACGUGUAUCUAUCCUUCAAGACUUCCAUUUCAGUAUCAAACUGGGAAGCAGCUCAUCGAAAUCAAUGAGAAAAUUUCUGAAAUUAAGAGAAAUAUUUCAUCUUAUUUGGGAGUGUCAAUUAUAAACCAACCUGAAGGGACAAUAUACGACCAAAUGCCCAGAUGGAGCUCCCAUGUGUAUGAUCAUACCCAAGUUGUUGGCUUGGAAGGUGAUACGAAGAAGAUAAAGGAUUGGAUAUUUGAAGCUGAUCGUGGCAUACUAGCAAUUGGGGUUGUGGGAAUGGGUGGGUUGGGAAAAACAACCAUAGCUCAAACAAUAUUUAACCACAGAGAAAUGGAGGAGCACUUUGAAAGAAGAAUGUGGGUAUCUGUUUCUCAAACAUUCACUGAGGAAGAAAUUAUGAGAAGCAUGUUGAGAAACUUGGGCGAUGCCAGUGUGGGUGAUGAUAAAGGUGAGUUGUUAAAGAAAAUAAAGCAAUAUCUUUUGGGAAAGAGGUACUUGAUUGUGAUGGAUGAUGUGUGGAGCCUGGAUGUUACUUGGUGGGAUAGAAUUUAUGAAGGAUUGCCCAAGGGCAAUGGAAGUAGUAUAAUUAUCACUACAAGGAUUGAGGAGGUUGCGCAAAAGAUGAGAGUGAAGGAAGCAAGAGUUCAUCGACCCAAAUGCCUCAGCACGGAUGAUAGCUGGCUACUAUUUCGGAAGAUUGCAUUUGCACCUACAGGAGGUAUUUGCAACUAUCCGGAACUAGAAAGUGUUGGAGAGGAGAUUGUUGAGAAGUGUAAAGGCCUUCCAUUAGCAAUUAAGGCAGUUGGAGGAAUCAUGCUUUGUAAGGAGCCAAAAUAUUCAGAAUGGAGGCGCAUUGCAGAGCAUUUUAGUGAUGAAUUAGGAGAAAGUGGUAACUCUGUUAUGGCUUCACUACAAUUGAGUUAUGAUGAACUCCCAACUUAUCUGAAGUCUUGCUUCCUUUGUUUGUCCAUCUAUCCAGAGGAUUGCAUCAUAGGAAAAGAUCAAUUGGUCCAUUGGUGGAUUGGAGAAGGGUUUUUUCCAUUAAGAAAUGGUAGAUCAGCAGUUGAAGCUGCUGAAGAUUGUUUUUCAGGACUUACAAACCGAUGUUUGUUGGAAGUGGUUGAUAAGACAUACUAUGGAGCCAUGUACAAUUGUAAAAUUCAUGAUAUGGUUCGUGAUUUGGUGAUUAAAAUUGCACGAGAAAGUGCAUUUUUUAAUGUAGACUACUUAAAUUGUCGCCAUCUAGGUAUCAAAAAUAGUAUGGUUCCCAAGCAUUUUAUGGACAAUCAAAAACUGCGAGCAUUGUUAUCCACAACUAAGACUGGUGAAGUGAACAGGCUUUCUCCAAAUGUUGCAAAGAAGUUUUGUGAGUCUCGUUAUUUGCGGGUAAUGGAUCUUUCUAGAUCAAUAUUUGAAACCCCUCUCUCAGGACUUUUAAACCAUAUUGGUUGUCUUCAGCACUUGACUUACCUUAGCAUAAGCAAUACUCAUCCAUUGGUUCAACUUCCAGCCUCUUUGGAGAAGCUUUACAACCUUCAGAUUUUGGAUGUAAGCUAUUGUCAAAAUCUAAAGACACUUCCCUCUUAUAUUGUUACCUUCAAGAAGCUGAGGGUCUUAGAUGUAAGUCACUGUGGUUCUUUGGAAUAUUUGCCCAAAGGCUUGGGAAGACUUUCACAACUUGAAGUGCUCUUGGGCUUCAAACCCGCCAAAUCAAGCCAAAUAGAAGGCUGUCGGAUUGGUGAGCUGCGGAAUUUAAAUGCACUCAAGAAGCUUGGCCUUCAAUUAAGUGAAGGGAAUGAGAUUGAAAAUACAGAGAUUGAUGCAUUGGUAAAUCUACAAGAGUUGCAACAUCUAUCAAUUAGUUGCUUUGAUAUUAAUGAUCAAGAUCUCCCAACCAAGCUUGAUAAACUCUCUCCUCCAAGACAACUCCAUGAGCUAAGUCUUCACUUUUACAUGGGAAAGGUUAGUCCUACUUGGCUCAAUCCUAUUUCACUUCCUAUGUUAAGGUAUCUUUCAAUCUCCUCUGGGGAUCUUGCACAGAUGAAUGAAAGCUUUUGGGGGAAUGAUAAUAAUGUUUGGAGAAUUGAGGGUUUGAUGUUGGAAAAUCUAUCUGAUUUAAAAGAAGAAUGGUCUAUGAUCCAACAAGUUAUGCCAUCAUUAAGAAUUUUGAAUGCAAGCUGGUGUCCAGAGUUGGCAGCUUUUCCAAUUGAUGAUAUUGGGUUUAGAGGUGGUGUCUGGAAGAAAGAAGAUUACACUAGCUACUGAAAACUGCAGCAAAGGAGAAAAGAUGGAAAUGUGUUGUGCAUUCUUUGGUUCUGUAUUAUUAUUAGUUUUUCGAUCAUAUUACAGUCUUUGACAAUUUUCUUUUUGUGUGUAAUUCCAUUCUUUACUUUCUGGACAAUACAGGUGUGAUUUUUUUGAUUCAUAAAUUCUAUAAUAUUCUUCAUUCAAAAUAUUGUAUAAAAGCUUACUUUUUUGGCUAA